GAGCAUUUGGCGCGGAUUCUGUUGUUUGGGCUUUUUCCUGUACAGAACUGUUUAAAUUUAAUAACCACUUAAAUUGUAGCACAUAUGGCACCGGUUUCUAAUCCAGAGAAGGAUGCAGACGGUGGAGAUUAUGAUGAUGGAGCUGCAUGUGGACUCGCAGCGUCGCGGUCCAGGCGAGAGAAAAAAGAGAAAGUGGGCCGCAAGUCUGCCCUGGAGCAGCUGAAAAGAGCCAAGAAGGGGGAGAAGCUCAAAUAUGAGGUUGAGAAGAUCGAGAGUGUAUAUGAGGAGGUGGAUGAGGACCAGUACUCACGGAUGGUCAGAGAGAGGCAGGACGACGACUGGAUCAUUGACGAUGAUGGAACGGGAUACGUAGAGGACGGCAGAGAGAUCUUUGAUGAAGAUCUGGAAAAUAAUGCAUCCGCAAAAGGAGCUAAAGGCAAAUCGGGUGCUAAAGGAGCCGAGUCGAAGGAUGCCAAGAAGAAAGUGUCAGUCAGUAAACCCAACAGUAUCAAGAGCAUGUUCAUGAACAGCAACGUCAAAAAGCCUGCCGAGAAAAAUGUGGACCUGUCUAAAGACGACCUGCUGGGAGAUAUUCUUGAGGAUCUACACUCGGAGAAACCAAUGCUUCUCACUCCACCUCCGGUUAUUACGCUGAAGAAAAAGAAAUCCCUGGGAUCACCCAUGAACCCUUUUUCUGUGAAACCCCAAACUCCCAGGUCACCCGCAGCUCCAGUUUCCAAGCCCAAGCCUACCGUCCUGCGCCCCCCUUCGACCGAUCUCGCACCCGAAGCGGCUUCUAAACCAGCUUCCUCCGUCCAGCCCAAGAAGUCAAAGGUGGAGGAGCCUGAGGAAGCUGCUCAUUCGUUAGAUUUCGACGAGGUGGACUUUGACGAGCCGAUGGAUUUGGGUGGCGAGCAGCAGGACGAAGUGGAAGUGGACGUUAAAGCCGAGCCGGAGCCUGAAGUCAUACCCAGUGUUGAAGUAGAACCGAAGACCGAACCUCAGGACGAAGUGUUGAUAUCUGGCAUGGUGGGAGGGUCCUGCUGGGGGAAAAUGGAAGAGGACGAGGCUGAGGAAGCAGCCGUGGAGGUGCAGGUGGACUCGAGUCAGCUUCCAUUGGUGGAAGGAGCUGACGGAGAAAAGGUUUUCCGCUUUUACUGGCUGGAUGCUUUCGAGGACCAGUACAGCCAACCUGGUGUGGUGUAUUUGUUCGGAAAGGUGUGGAUUGAGUCGGCCAAGGCUCACGUCAGCUGUUGUGUGGCCGUGAAGAACAUUGAGAGAACAAUGUACUUCUUGCCACGAGAACGAAAAGUGAACCUGGCGACUGGUGAGGAGACGAACGAUCCUGUCGGAAUGAUGGACGUUUACCAGGAGUUUAACAGCCUUUCUGAAAAGUUUAAAAUCAUGAGGUUUAAGUCCAAGAAAGUGGAGAGGAGCUACGCAUUUGAGAUUCCAGAUGUGCCUACACAGUGCGAGUACCUGGAAGUGCGAUAUUCUGCUGAGAUGCCCCAGCUGCCUUCUGAUCUGAAGGGUACCACCUUCUCCCAUGUCUUCGGCACCAACACCUCCAGUCUGGAGCACUUGCUUCUCAGCAGGAAGAUCCGAGGCCCCUGCUGGCUCGACAUCAAAACCCCCCAGCUGAGCAAUCAGCCGAUGAGCUGGUGUAAAGUGGAGGCCAUCGCUCUCAAAAGUGACCUGAUCACGGUGGUGAAAGACCUGCCUCUUCCUCCACUGGUCGUCAUGUCCAUCAGCCUAAAGACCGUUCAGAACCCCAAAACUCAUCACAACGAGAUUGUGUCCUUGGCUGCUUUGAUACAUUAUAAAUUUCCUCUGGAUAAAGCGCCUCCACGGAACCCUUAUCAGACCCAUUUCUGUGUGGUGAGUAAGCCCAGCGACUGCAUCUACCCCUAUGACUUCAAGGAAGCCGUCAGAAAAAAGAAUGGAAUUGUGGAGCUCGCGGCGACCGAACGCACACUCCUGGGCUUCUUCCUGGCUAAGAUGCACAAAAUCGACCCUGAUGUUUUAGUGGGUCAUGACAUCCUCGGUUUUGACCUUGAAGUGCUGCUGCAGAGGAUCAACUUUUGUAAGGUGCCCUUCUGGUCCAAAAUAGGUCGUCUGAGGCGUGCCAACAUGCCCAAACUAGGGGGGCGUGGCGGGUUUGCAGAGAAGAGUGCCGCCUGUGGCCGGCUAGUGUGUGACGUGGAGAUUUCAGCCAAGGAGCUGAUUCGCUGUAGGAGUUACAAUUUGACCGAGCUGUCCUCGCAGAUCCUGAAAAUGGAGAGAACUGUGGUGCCCCCAGAGAACAUCAGAAACCUCUACAGUGACUCCCCUCACCUGCUGUACCUGUUGGAACUCACCUGGAUGGACGCCAAGCUGAUCCUGCAGAUUAUGUGCGAACUUAACGUGCUUCCGUUGGCGCUUCAGAUUACCAACAUCGCUGGCAACGUCAUGUCUCGGACGCUGAUGGGCGGUCGCUCGGAGAGGAACGAGUACCUGCUGCUUCACGCCUUCAACGAAAGGAACUUCAUUGUUCCAGACAAGCAGUUCUUCAAGAAGCCUCAACAAAAUCUUGGUGAAGAUGAGGGUUUGGAAGUGGGGAAAAGCAAGUCUGGGAAAGUGAGGAAGAAGGCUGCUUAUGCUGGAGGUCUGGUGCUGGAACCCAAAGUUGGUUUCUAUGACAAGUUUAUUCUGCUGCUGGACUUCAACAGUCUGUACCCCUCCAUCAUCCAGGAGUUCAACAUCUGUUUCACCACAAUUCAGCGAGAGGCGUCUAACUCGCGCAAAAAGACCGAGGAAGACGACCCAGACGAGAUUCCAGAGCUUCCUGAUCCUGAUCUGGAGAUGGGCGUCCUUCCGAAGGAGAUCCGCAAGCUUGUGGAGCGCAGGCGACAGGUCAAACAGCUGAUGAAGCAGCCUGAUCUGAACCCCGAUCUUUACAUGCAGUAUGACAUUAGACAGAAGGCUUUGAAACUGACCGCUAACAGCAUGUAUGGAUGUCUGGGAUUCUCCUUCAGUCGCUUCUAUGCCAAACCCCUGGCUGCACUGGUCACUCACAAGGGUCGAGAGAUCCUAAUGCAUACCAAGGACAUGGUUCAAAAGAUGAACCUGGACGUGAUCUACGGAGACACCGACUCCAUUAUGAUCAACACCAACAGCUCCAACCUGGAGGAGGUCUUCAAACUGGGCAACAAGGUUAAGAGCGAGGUGAACAAACUGUACAAGCUGCUGGAGCUCGACAUUGACGGCGUGUUCAAGUCACUGCUGCUGCUGAAAAAGAAAAAGUACGCCGCCCUGGUGGUGGAGUCGCACGGAGAGGGCCGCUACACCACCAAACAGGAGCUCAAAGGCCUGGACAUUGUCCGCAGGGACUGGUGUGAUCUCGCCAAGGAGUGCGGCAACUACGUCAUUGGUCAGAUUCUGUCUGACCAGAACCGCGACACCAUUCUGGAGAACAUUCAGCAGCACCUCAUAGAAAUGGGGGAGAAAGUGGCCAACGGCAGCGUCCCUCUAAACAUGUUCGAGAUCCACAAGGCUUUGACCAAAGACCCUCAGGACUACCCAGACAAGAAGAGCCUCCCCCACGUCCACGUCGCCCUCUGGAUCAACUCUCAAGGAGGCCGGAAGGUCAAAGCGGGCGACACGGUUUCCUACAUCAUCUGUCAGGACGGUUCGAACCUGGCAGCCAGUCAGAGAGCCUACGCUCCGGAGCAGCUGCAGAAGCAACCGGGCCUGACCCUGGACACUCAGUACUACCUCUCGCAGCAAGUUCACCCCGUGGUGGGGCGCAUAUGCGAACCCAUCGAGGGUAUCGACACCGUACUCAUCGCUACUUGGCUGGGUCUGGACCCCACUCAGUUCCGCGCCCAGCAGAGGCAGCAGCGAGAGGAGGAAUCCGACAGUUUCGUCGGCGUCCCGGCUCAGCUGACGGACGAGGAACGCUACCGAGACUGCGAGAGGUUUGCCUUCGCCUGUCCCGACUGCGGGACCGAGAACAUUUACGACAGCGCGUUUGAGGGAACGGGAAGCGUGAUCGAACCGAGUCUGAGGCGCUGCUGUCAGAUCUCCUGUAACGGGAGCCCGCUGCGGCACACCGUCCGAAUCGGCAACAGACUGCUGCUGGACGUCCGACGCCACGUCCGGAAAUACUACAGUGGCUGGCUGCUGUGUGAGGACCAGGCCUGUGGGAAUCGAACACGCCGCCUACCCAUCGCAUUCUCCCGCUCAGGCCCUAUGUGUCCCGUCUGCUCCAAGUCUACUCUCAGACCCGAGUAUUCCGAGAAAGCGCUCUACAACCAGCUGAGCUUCUACAGGUUCAUCUUCGAUUGGGAAUACGCCGUCGCCAAGGUCCUUCAGCCAGACGAGAAACAGAAACUGAAGAGCGCAUCGAAUGAAGAGAAAGCAGCGUACACGAAGCUGAAGGCACUACUGGACCGGGUCCUGCUGUCCAGCAGCUACUCCGAGGUCAACCUCGCCAAGCUCUUCCAAGCCUUUACCUCACUGAAGUAGCGACCUCGGGUGUUUUUUAGCUCAGCACGUUAAUUUAGGGUUUUUUUUGGACCAGUCAUUUUCUGUAAUUGUUUUUAUGUGUGUUUGUUUGUGUGUAAAUAUAUAUAAUGAUUUUCUUAUGCAUCAUUUUCCAAUUGUCUGCUUGUCAACCGAACCCCUGACUUUUGGCAACAUCUUUCUUCCGCCGUAUCAGUGUCCACCGUGUGCCGAUUGUGCUCCGAUGGCGAGGCAUGAUUUAAGGUCACUACGUGCGCCAGUCGGUUCAGGCCUUGAUUGGCCGCUCGUCACUCACACAGACCCGUGUCUCUCAUCACGUCCAUUCAGCCCUCAUCCUGCAUCCAGGUCUUUAAUCGAUUCCAAUUCAGUGGUAAAAUGGACAAGAAGAGGCUUUAAAGACCAUCAAAACACCGCCACUCCAGCCCCUCCUUCCCGAUCCACCACACACAGAGGCAGGGCUUUAGAGGAACAAUCAGGGCUAAUAACUUCUCCUCGCCGCCACUGGUCCUUGACAGCGUAGCAAUUAGCCAAUGAUACAGACUUGGCCUGGUGAUUUCAGGAGCUGGCAGCGAUUGGGCGCUCGUUUGAACGUUAUCUCCACUUAAAGGCUGUGUGUUUAGUAAAGAUUUGAGGUUGAUUGUGGGAGGCUACUGAAAUCUGUUGAGCAUUAAAAGCUUUUUAGGUCCUGAAAUGUUCAACUUAAUGUUUUUUAUACAAUGUCUGUAUAAUUCAAUAAAGGAAGUGAUAAAACAUGG